AUGUGGAUUUGUGUGUCGGAACCUUUUGAUGAGAUGAAGAUUAUGAAAGAGAUUCUUGAAUUUCUCAAAGUUUAUGAUGCACAAAACAUAACUCAGUUGGAACUUUUGACGGAACUCAUUGCUGAUGCUUUAAAGGGGAAGGUGUUUCUUUUAGUGUUAGAUGAUGUUUGGACAACAAAUUAUCAAAAGUGGGAGCAUAUAAAGUGGUGUCUUAAAAGUGGGGAUCCAAGAAGUAGAAUUUUGAUCACAACACGUAAGGAGGAGGUUGCUCAAAUGAUGGGAGCAGAGGAAAGAAUGAUCAGACUUAUGGUGUUGACCAAAGAGGUAUGUUGGUCUAUAUUCAGUAAGAUAGCUUUCUUCAAUAGAGAACAAAAUAGCCAAUUAGAAAGAAUUGGGAGGGAACUUGUUCACAAGUGUCAAGGUUUGCCACUUGCUGCUAAGACACUAGGAAGUUUGAUGCGUUUGACAAGACAUGUGCAUCAAUGGAAUUAUAUUUUGAAUAGUGCUCUGUGGAAUAUUGAAGAUGUUCAGGUCAAUGUUUUUGUUCCAUUCAUGUUGAGCUACCAUGAUCUACCUCCACUUGAAAAAGUUUGUUUGUUAUAUUGUUGUGUUUUCCCCAAAGAUCAUGUGAUUGAUAGAGAUGAAUUGAUUACAAUGUGGCUUUCACAAGAUUUCUUUUCCCCAAGCAAAAAUCUUGAACAACAAGAUUUAAGUUGCAUAGAGCAAUGGUUUGAGCUGCAGGCUAAAGAUUGUUUCAAGAACUUAGCAGCACGGUCGUUUUUCCAAGACUUCAAAAAGGAUAACGAUCUCAUACACGACUUCCUUCAAUAUCUUACAGCCAAAGAGUAUUUUAUGGUGGACACUUACAGCAAUAAUCAAGGCAGGGAAGGUACUGUUAGUACUAUUGUCAACCAAGCUAAUGAAAAGGCUCGUCAUGCUACAUUGUUGCUUGAAUCUGAUAGUCAAAUUCCCGAAUCAGUGAACAUGAAAAGGCAUCUGCGUACGCUCUUUAUUACUUCAACGGAUGGUUCAACCUUCUUAAGGCUGAAUCUCGAAAAUUUUAAACUUGUUCGAACAUUACACUUGUCUGGUGCUAGAAUUGCUGAAAUACCAAAGGAGAUCAAGGAGCUGAUACAUUUGAGAUAUCUUUGUAUCUCUGACAACUAUCAUUUGAAGGAGUUACCAGAACAAGUGUGUGAUCUCUAUAAUUUGAUGACUUUGAGAAUCUAUCGUUGUCCUGAAUUUCAGACUUGGCCAAAACAAAUGUCAAAGUUGAAGAACUUGAGAUAUUUGUAUGUUAAAGGGUGUGAUAAGAUUAAGGCUCUCCCAGGGUUGACAAUUUGGGAUGUCAAGAUAUUUCAUUAA